AUGAGUACUGCCGAGAAGGAGGCGAUGGAGGAGUUCGAACCCUCCAUCAGGAACGUGAUCGAGCAACAUUCUUUACGAUGGAUAUUCGUGGGUGGCAAAGGUGGAGUCGGAAAGACAACCUGCAGUUGUUCCCUGGCAGUACAGCUGUCCAAAGUUAGGGAAAGUGUACUUAUUAUAUCUACAGAUCCAGCGCACAAUAUUUCUGAUGCAUUUGAUCAGAAAUUUAGCAAAGUACCUACUAAGGUGAAGAGUUUUGAUAAUUUAUUUGCAAUGGAGGUUGACCCUAAUGUUGGCAUUACAGAAUUACCAGAGGAAUAUUUUGACAGUGAAACAGUUUCAGGAGGAGAAGCGAUGAAAUUAAGUAAAAAUGUUAUGCAUGAAAUUGUCAGUGCAUUUCCUGGUAUAGAUGAGGCAAUGAGUUAUGCAGAAGUUAUGAAGCUUGUAAAAGGAAUGAACUUUUCUGUUGUGGUAUUUGAUACUGCACCUACUGGGCAUACGUUAAGGCUACUAUCGUUUCCACAAGUGAUUGAAAAAGGAUUGGGAAAAUUAAUGCGUCUAAAAAUGAAGAUUAGUCCUUUUAUCACACAAAUAAGUUCAUUGUUGGGAUUAACGGACUUUAAUGUGGAUACAUUCUCUAAUAAAAUGGAAGAUAUGCUUGCUGUCAUUCAGCAAGUUAAUGAACAGUUCAGAAAUCCUGAUCAAACGACUUUUAUCUGUGUUUGCAUAGCAGAAUUUUUGUCGCUUUAUGAGACAGAACGACUUGUACAAGAAUUAACAAAAUAUGGUAUUGAUACCCAUAAUAUUGUAGUAAAUCAACUAUUAUUUUUAAAAGAAGGAGAUACUCCCUGUCGGCUGUGUCUUGCAAGGCAUAAAAUUCAAGAUAAAUAUUUAGAUCAGAUAAUGGAUCUUUACGAGGAUUUUCAUGUCACAAAGCUUCCAUUAUUAGAAAGGGAAGUACGAGGAGUUCAACAGGUCAGGGAAUUUUCGGAAAAUCUCGUUAUACCGUACAAACCUUAGCAUUUAUGUAAUAAAUGUUUAAUAACAAUAUAACACUUUACACCUAAUUCAAGGUUUUUAUACACUUGCAACCUCGCGCGUUGGAAAUUUGUAUAAAAAAAAAGGUACACCUUUAAUAUACUGCUCGAUUAAGAUAUUUGUUAUUGCAUGUGUUAAUAAAUUCAAUAUUACAUUCGCAUGCACUAUAUAUUUGCAAUAUCUAAUUUGUAUAAUACAAAUCAGUUUAAACACAUAGCAUUAAUAUUACGAUUUAUUU